UGUACCAGUCCUCGUUUUCCGUCGGACCACAGCAGCAGAGGCGUACCAGCCACAGCCACAGCCACCCACCCUCAAACCAUUUUCUCUCCGCCUUUCGCGCAGCCACUCCGUGCCUCCCCGACCGACGCUACCACCCGUUGCGUUCCGUCUCGUGUCUCGCCAUGUCUCAGGCUCUGACUCGCUCGGUCCUGCGACGCGCGGAGAUGCUGCGCAGCGUGUCUGCCAGGCAGAUGUCGUCGUCGUCGUCGCACGCUCACGACGUUGAGGAGACCAUCAAGUGGCGGAACGUCACCGCUGUCGCCAUCGCCGGCUGCUUGGCCCUUGGCGUUUACAACUUCGCCGGAGUCCCCCACCACCAGAAGCACGACCGACCGGAUUACCCCUACCUUCACAUCCGCAACAAGGAGUUCCCCUGGGGCCCCUGCGGUCUGUUUGAGUGGGAUUGCAAGAACGCCAGCGAGGCCAAGUGAAGCGCCAUGUAGUAGCACAGGCACAAGGACUAGUGGAUGCACAAUGGAGCACAAGCACAAGCGGAUGCACCGUGUAGCACGAGCACUAGUGGAGUAGAUGGGAAACAGUCGGGCAUGCUUUGUGCUGGCUGGCAUGGGAAUGGGAUCGGUUGGUUGGAGCAUGACUGGAGAGAGAGAAUGUGCCGCUAGUGUAGCCUGUAUUGUGAAUGUAUAAAGAAUUGAAUCAUGACAGCACACAGUAGUGAGGGGGUCUCCUGGGUAGCCUCCAGCUCUAGCAGCAUACUAAUGUGAGCGCUGUACUGUUAUUGUUGCAUCCUCCAAAAUACAUGCAA